CGCAAGUGGUGAAACCUGCAAUUUUUUAAAAAAAAUGAAGAGAAAAAAAAAAGAACGUGGCCGCGUGGAUAGUAAGCGAAAUAAAAUCUAGUAAAGGAAAAAUAUUUGCCCACACAAAUAACUUGUCUUUCUCUCGAUUGUCUCCUCUUCGAAUUGGGAGAUUCCUAGGGUUUGGUUUGGAUUGGUUUCUCGUCGCAGGCGUCGAUCUUCUUCUAUAUAAUCCGCCCAAUCUCUCUCCCUUUCCGAAUGGAAUUAGAGUUUCUCUAAACCCAUCUUCGCGUUUUUCUAAAGGGUUUCUCCUCGCAUUAUAAAUUUAUCACCAGAAAGAGAGUCGUAGGUUUCUCCCAAUUAUGUUCGAAAUCUCAUCGCAGUUGGUCAUUUCUGUCAUGAUUUCUCUUCAGAACCUCCGUGUCUUCGGUCCUGGUCUCAAUCCUUUGUCCUCUAACUACUGCAUCGCCAAUCACUCUCGCUAAUUUUCUCAGCCCCUUUUCUUUUUUUUUUUUAUCAAUUGAUAUCUUCCAUUAGAAUCUUGUGCAAGGUUGUGCUUUCCCAGAUAUUGAUCUUUUCUAUUUACACUUUUUUUACUUUCUUCUUCUUUUCUGUGAAGAUUCGAUCAACCCUUUUGGGAUUUCAUUGUCCUCAUAUUCAAGAUUCAAGAUAGAAUCUUGAACUUCUUUUUCGGUGCAGCUUGGUGUUUAGACGAAAAUUAACAGUAUGGUUGAAGAUCAGGAUCAGAUUAGUGCUUUGCGACGAAGUUUGUCUAGGAGGCGCUCGUUUCGAUCUGAGGUCGACAGGGAUGAUAGAGGUUGGACUUUGCUUCAUGUUGGGGCGCGUAAAGGGGAUAUUAAACAGGUAAAGCGUCUUCUUGAUAAUGGAAUGGACGUGAAUGUGCCAACUUGGGGCCCCAAAUCGAAAGGGGCAACUCCUCUCCAUUUGGCUGCCGAGGGUGGCCACCUUUCAGUUAUGGACGAACUACUUGAGCGUGGAGCAAAUAUUGAUGCUAGAACUAAGGGUGCCUGUGGAUGGACUCCACUUCACAAUGCAGCCAAAGAACGGAGGAGAGCAGCGGUGAAGUUUUUAGUUGAGAAUGGAGCAUUCUUACCACCCGAUAUUAAUGAUUGCAGGUUCAACCCCCCACUUCAUUAUUGUCCCGGCCUUGACUGGGCAUAUGAGGAGUUGGAACGUCUACAACAAGAGAGCUUGUCUUCUGGGGAAACUUCUUCCAGCUCUGAAGGCUAAAUUACAAUGCUUUAAUAGUUUGUUGAUUUAUCUGGAUCCUUUGGGUUCGCUUGGUGCUGUUAUGUUGUAACUAUUGAAUAUACCAUACUACUUGUUACUGUGUUCAUUGUUGUUGUGGUGUCAUUUUGUGGUUGUUUGGGAAUGACAACUUUUAUUUUAAUGGAGUAGUACGAGUGAUGAGUCUUGUCAUAUUUACAAA